CAUGAUUUCUAGUCAUGCCCGAUAACCACUCCGGCACGUCCACUUACGAUGCAAGGUUUCACUUUACCAGUGUUGUUGAACCUGAUUGGAGUUCAGGCGUGUUAAAUCGUUGUUGACACUGCCUGGGAUCAAAUUGAUCAGGAAGAAGGAAGGGAGGCAAGUUGGGGAUCACAGAGAAUAAGAAGGCGUCCUUGUAUUCACUCUAGUGUCAAGGACUAAGAUGUCCCAGAAGCGAAAUCUUCCUUCUUGGAUCACUUCAAGGGAUCCUCCUCAGCCUGAGAGUAAGAAGAAGCCCAAGGAUGCUGAUGAGCACAACAUUAGAAAUGCUCCUGAGUCAAGUUCAACUACCAUGGAUUUCUCUAAACUUCUGGAAGGAGUUGUUUUUGUGUUGUCGGGCUUUGUUAACCCUGAGAGGAGUACACUAAGGUCCCAGGCCUUGUCAAUGGGAGCUACUUAUCAGCCUGACUGGAACUCUGACUCCACCUUGUUGAUUUGUGCUUUUCCUAACACUCCUAAGUUCCGUCAAGUCGAAUCUAACUCUGGAACCAUUGUCUCUAAGGACUGGAUACCUGAGUGUUAUAUGCAGAAGAAGUUGGUGGAUAUUGAGCAAUACCUUCUGCAUGCUGGAAAACCAUGGAGGAAGACCAGUGCUCCCCAAAAUACUACUAUUCGAGAAAAGAAGAAACAGUUGUCUAUAAAAUCAGAGGAGAAUCAAGUAGAGACAAAACCAGAAACAAGGGGAACGUCAUCUGCUUCAUCCAAGAAUAGACAGUCUUGCAAUACUGUGAAAGAGCUAUUUUCUGUUACCGAGGUGAAGAAAUGGGCAAGGGAUGACCUAACUGAAACCAUCUCAUGGCUAGAGAGUCAGGAGGAGAAACCAGCACCAGGAGAGAUCAAGAGAAUAGCUGCAGAAGGAGUCUUAACCUGUCUACAAGACGCAAUCGAUUCUCUUGAGCAAAAAAAGGAUGUUGGAUCAGUUACGGAGCUGUGGAGCUUUGUCCCUCGCGUAGUGAAGGAGCUCGGAAAGAUGGAGUCUUCUUCAAAAACAGAAAACUCCACAGCUUCAAAGGAUCAACUCUGCAAACAAGCAAAGUCGUGGAAAAAGAUUUACGAGGCUGAGCUAGCACAAAAGGGUGAAGAAGAAGAAGCAAAAAGCAGAAGGACCUCUGGGGUUGCUUCUGGAUACGACAGUGAUGAAACCGUUGAAAUGACCGAAGAAGAGAUCGAGCAUGCUUACCGGAACGUUUCUUUAGAGUGAUCAAACUUGUUUCAUUUGGCUUGCAUAUGAUAGAAGAGCAGAGGACGCUGCCUUUUCGGUUUAGUUUUGAAUCUUUGCAGCUCGAAUCGAUUGCAUUAAUUCGGUUUUUGAUUAUGAAUUUGAUUUGCGUUCUGCAA